CCCCUCGAAUUGCGCAUGCGCAGUGGGCGGAGCCUGCGGAAGUCCUGACGGGCAGGUCUUUUUGUUUGGACCGCUGAGAGAAUCGUCACUUGUACUGAUUCCCCUGGUUCACUACCGUUUUUUAUCUGCAUUAAUUUCGGGUGUCUUUUAUGAAUAAUCAAAAGCAGCAGAAGCCAACGCUUACCGGCCAGCGUUUCAAAACGAGGAAAAGAGAUGAAAAGGAGAGAUUUGAACCUUCUCAGUUUCAAGAAAGUAUCGUACAAGGCUUGAAUCAAACUGGCUCUGAUUUGGAAGCGGUCGCGAAGUUCCUUGAUGCCUCUGGCUCCAAGCUUGACUACCGCCGAUAUGCAGAGACACUCUUUGACAUCCUGGUGGCCGGCGGGAUGCUGGCCCCAGGCGGGACUCUAUCUGAGGACAUGACCCGCACUGAGUUCUGCCUCUUUACGGCACAAGAAGACCUGGAGACCAUGCAAGCCUACGCUCAGGUUUUUAACAAGCUGAUCAGGCGUUACAAGUACCUGGAGAAGGGUUUCGAAGAGGAGAUCAAGAAGUUGCUGCUGUUUCUGAAAGGAUUCACCGAGUCUGAGCGCAACAAGCUGGCCAUGUUGACCGGCAUCCUGCUCGGCAACGGCAACAUAUCAGCCUCCAUCCUGAACAGCCUCUUCAACGAGAACCUCGUCAAAGAAGGAGUAUCUGCAACCUUUGCGGUCAAGCUGUUCUCAACUUGGAUCGCUGAGAAGGACAUCAACUCAGUCGCUGGCAGUCUCCGCAAAGUCGGAAUGGACAACAGACUGAUGGAGCUCUUUCCUGCCAACAAACGGAGCUGCGAGCAUUUUUCUAAGUACUUCACCGACGCCGGGCUGAAGGAGCUGUCCGACUUUGCCCGCAACCAGCAAUCCAUCGGUGCCCGCAAGGAGCUGCAGAAGGAGCUCCAGGAACAGAUGGCCCGUGGUGAUCCUCAGAAGGAGAUUAUCGUCUUCACCAAAGAGGAGAUGAAAAAGUCCAACCUCUCAGAGCAGGCCAUGAUCAGCAUCAUCUGGACCAGCGUGAUGAGCUGCGUGGAGUGGAACAAGAAGGAGGAGCUGGUGACCGAACAAGCCAUCAAACACUUGAAGCAAUACAGCCUCCUGCUGAAAGCCUUCACCUCCCAGGGUCUCUCCGAGCUCAGCCUGAUGCUGAAGAUCCAGGAGUACUGCUACGACAACAUCCACUUCAUGAAGACCUUUCCGAAGAUCGUGGUGCUGCUCUACAAAGCGGAUGUGUUAAGUGAAGAGGCCAUACUGAAGUGGUACAACGAGGCCCACCUUGCCAAGGGGAAGAGCUUCUUCCUCGAGCAGAUGAAGAAAUUUGUCGAGUGGCUGAAAAACGCGGAGGAAGAGUCUGAAUCAGAGGAGGAGGAGACAGACUAAACGCCUCCAACGCCAGACGAGCUUUCUUUUCUUUACUUUUUAUUUUAUUUUUUAUAAGUAGCAGCAGGAGCAGUAAAAUGUCUUUCCCCUUCUUUCUAUUCUACCUCCUGUUACUUAUUCUUUAUCCCCUAAACACACAUUGUUCCUCCUCUCAAACAGAUUUAAGUGUUAUUUUUAACUCCAGACAAAAGGGCUCGGUCCUGAUUCGUCACCUGUUACAGGUCGAUGCGAUAAAUCCUCCCCUCUUUAUUAUUUUGAUAUUAUUUUAUUAUUAUUGUCGUAAUUGAGAGAUGAAACAUUCCAUGUGAUCUCGACGGCUGCCUCAACAAAUCUGAACCCAGAUUUGUUUAAAAGUUGCGUCUUUGUCGUGCGACUUCAAGGCCGAUGGAAAAAAAAUACACAUUUUUUUUUUGCCAACGUUUUUUUUUCUUCAUUUUAAAUCCACCCCCACCCCCUUUUUUUUGUUUUUAUGAUUUUCGCCCAGCUCAUGUUUCGGCUCCUAUCGGGUCUUACACUUCGCCUUCUCUCUUGACUUUUCGGGUAAACCUGUACCGCGUGUCGAGGUGGCUCUGGUCGCGCCGUCAGAAGACACGCCCCCUCCUCCCUCUGUGAGAUGCCUCGCCAGCUAAUGGAUUAUUAUUGGUUUCUACUUUCUUUAAUCUGAUACAAACCAAUUGACUUUUUUAUGAAAUAAAGAUUAUUGAAAUGUUA